AUGCCAUCACCGUCUCCCACCUUAUCCCGUUUUUCCUCACCACACAGCGUCUGCCCCUACGUGAACGUAGUUGUGGACGUCAUAACAACCUCCGCGGCAUCUGCGGUUUCUCCUCCGCUCUCAAUGAAUCCGCCCCCGUUUGUCCCUCGUUCGGACCCCGAAAACUACCUCCGACCGGUCCUGACUGACGUCCACACCGUGGGUGGUCACCGCGUUCCCAGGUGGUCACAACCGGUACCUCGCUUUCCAGAGUACCUUAAUGUGGGCCGCACCACUGUGGCGGAUGCCAAUACGUCCUACGUCUCACAGCUGGAUGGGGAACGAAGAUCUCACGCCAACGCCCCUUCUCUGCUUCCCCGGCCGACCGCUUUAGAACCGCCCAGGUAUCAGACCUCUUUGUUUCCUUUUUGGGGCUCCUUUGGCAAUUUUUUGUUGCUGCUCCUAACCACACUGCUCUCGUAUCAGCUAACUCUAACCACAAAGUCAUUCAUUUUUUGGCAGACCCAAGACAGAGAAGUACAUGCAAUCAACAAUUAA